AUGUAUGGUGAAAAUCAGGAAGACAUGAACAUUUUUAAUACUGAAACACGUACCGACCCAACCAUUUUAGAGAAAAAAGAAUUUAAAUUCAAAUUACAGAAUGAGCUUUAUAUUUCAGAGUCACUGAUCGCAAAAUUAAUCAAAGAAAAAGAUGAACUGUUGAAAGAACUUCCGAAAUGUGGAGACACUGAACGUGAGCACAGUCAUCCACUUUUCGAAAGCAGGCUGGAGUGUCUUCAUUCUGAACUCCAACAAGCACAUGAAGUCAAGAGAGAUAUAGAAAAACAACUAAACAUUCUAGAGUAA